CAGUUAGUUUGAAAAUUCAUCAAGUAAAGGUGAGAAACUCCUUUCGAAGGAGGGCAGAGCAUGGUUGAGUUUAAAAAACAUAGAUUUUGCAGACAGGUCAAGUUGAGUUUGCCCCUUCCCCUGUCCCGUGUGUCUUUGGGUGACGUAAACUUGCUGUUCCUCACUUUCAGCAUUGUAGAACUGUUAAAGGAACAAAUGCUAGUGCAUGUCAAAACAAACAGUACACCUUCUACAGUUCCCAUCGCAUAGGGAUAGCCCAUAACUUUUAGUUUCUGUAUAACUCAUGAACAUAUGUGUAAGGAUUUGUUUUGUAUAUACCAUCUAUUUUGUGUUUACCAUAUGCUUGCAACCAAUUUCACAAGAGAGUAAGUCUUUUGGGUAUGGUACUUUUCACCAGGAAGAUGGAGGGCUGGGCUGCCCUAGAAUUCUAAAACUUUGUGACUCAACUAUGAGUCUGUGGUUCUGCUGCUAAGUAGAGUGAUUGCUAAGGGCUCAUUUCUCAGGGCUCCAUGUCACUCUGGUGGUGAGGUAGACCAUGAUUUGGGCUGCAAUGUUUGCCCACUCUUUCUUUGACUAGAGUUCUGCCAUUGAAUCAUGGAGUCAACAUCCCAGGACAAAAAGCCAACUCAUGUCAUCACUAUACAACCAAACGAAACUGUAUUGACUGCAUUUCCCUACAGACCUCAUAGCUCUCUGCUGGACUUUCUGAAUGGAGAGCCAAGAGUGUUGGGGGCUACCCAGAUCCUCCUUGCUCUAAUCAUUGUGGGCCUUGGAACAAUAUUUCUACUUAAUUACAUCCAUUUCUCCCAAAGACUUCCCCUUGUUAUCCUCUCAGGAUAUCCAUUUUGGGGAGCACUUAUUUUUAUGGUUACAGGAUACCUCACAGUAGUCAAAGAGAAAUCAAAAACUCAGGGUCAAGGUGUCAUGGCCAUGAACGUUAUCAGUUCCUUGGUUGCGAUAACUGGGAUUACUUUCAUCAUUCUCAGCUACAGACAUCAAGACAAUUACUGCCAGACGCCUUCCCUUGAAGAAAUAUGUGUUUUAGGUAGAACUCUUUUCAUUGGAAUUUUGUCAAUCUUACUGAUCAUCAGCAUAGCAGAGCUCAGCAUCUCUGUGACUACUGCAUCCUUUAGAAGCAAGUGCUGGACGCAGUCAGAUGAGGUUCUGUUUUUCUUGCCUUCGGAUGUUACUCAAAAUGGUGAACAACCUGCUCCAGGAGAAAAUGGUCAAUUACAAUUUGUGCUUCAAGAAGAGCUUUCCAGUGGUGAUUCAACAACAAAAGCACAGUCUGUUUUCUUUGGGGGCUAUGCUUUCUUCAAGUUAAGACUCUCUAGAAGUCCUUUAGUCUCCCAACCAGAUAACAAAGAUAGGAGAUUGGUGGCAGAUGAGCAAAAGCAAAGUAUCCUUUCAUCUCCCAAAUUUUCAGAGGAAGAAAUUGAACUGAAACCUGUGCCUCCCAUAUUAGAGAAAAAGCCCUCAGAAAAUACUAUGUCCAUUCAGCUAGACUCUACAUUUAAACAAAUGACAGAUGAAGAUCUACGAUCUGCUAUGGUACAACCCUCCCAAAUGGAAACCCAGUUGAUGGAGAACAAAACUGUGUCACUCCAAGUUUUUCCAUCCCUUUCUGUACUAAAACUCCAAGAUCUAUCACCUGAGGACUUACCAUCCCAAGCUCUACAAGGCCUGCCAGAACAAUCUAUGCCAUCCAAGUCUACAUCAUCCAAUGUCAAACAGUCUUAUAAUCUGACAGCUAAUGACCUGUCCCCUCAAGGCAUACUAUCCCAGGAUAUGCUGCUUAAUGACAUGGCAUCACAAGACAUGCAAUUCCUAUCUAUACUAUCUAAAGACACAGCAUUCCACAAUGUGUCAUCUCAAGAUAUACCUUCCCAAGAUGUGCUGUCCCAAGCUGUAUCAAAACAAGUCAUAUUACCUGAAGCCUCAACAUCCCAUAUUGUGCAGGUCCCUAAAAUACAACGCCUACUUCAGCAAAGCCCAGAUCUUCAACCAGAAAACAUUCACCCUCAAAAUCAGCAAAAUUUACUAAUGUCAUAUCAAGAUAUUAGAUCAGAAGUUAUGGAAGAAACCAAAGGAUGGAAAGCUGAAGAGAAACUCCAUAGAAGAAAAUCCUCCAGACGGCAUUCCUUAAACCAGCAAACCAAAGGCUUGCAAUACCUAAGGACAUAUUCCUUACACAUGCAAACCAAAGGCCAGCAAUCCCCAAAGAGGCAUGCCUUAGAUCAGCAAAGCAAAGGCUGGCAAUCUCCAAGGCGGAAAUCCUUAGACCAGCAAAUCAAAGACUGGCUAUCCCCAAAGAGGCACUCCAUAGACAAGCAAGCUCAGCUUAAUCAAACCACAGAGCAACUCCCAGAUCAGCAAGCCAAAGGGGAACAAUUCCCAGAAGGACAAUCUAAAGAUGAGCAAGUUAAAGACCAGCAGACUGAUAAGCAGCAACACUCAAAGAAGCAAACCCAGGAUCAGCAAGCUGAAGGCCAGCAGGCCCAAGAGAAGAAAUCCCCAAAAGGAUGGUCCCAAAGUGUUCAACCUAAAAGACAGCAAGCUCAGGUGGAGAAAAUGCCAAAGCAGUUAUGCCAAGAUUCAGAAUCCCACAUACAGCAAGACCAAUUCUGGCAAUAUCCACAGAAGCAAUCUAUAGCCUGGAUAACCCAAGACUGUCACUCCAAUAACUGGAGAAUUCAAGGCUGGAGAGACAAAGAUUACAAAGAACGAAAAUGGCAAUUUGUAGCGCAGUACUGGCAAAAACAAGAUCUAUUCGAGAAAGAAGCUCCAAAGCAGAAAGCUCUAUACCAAGAAGUCCAAACCCAGCACACUACAGCCCAAUUUAACCUAGAAUGUCAAGACGGUCAAGAUAAAGACCAACACGACCUUCAAUCCAGAGUUACACAAAAAGGAGAUAUGUAUACUAGAGACAUCAAACCAGGGGACAUAAAAUGCAUAGGGCAAACCUCAGGGGACCUGCAGUCAGAAGAUGUGAAGCCAGAUUUCCAUUCUUCUUCGGGCCAAAGCUCAGUACAAGACACAUGUUUAGCCUAUUUGUCCCAUCUGGAUUCGGAACAAGAUGUACAACCAAAUACUUCAGCUUCCUCAAAUUCAUAUAAAGAAGAUGGGAAUUUAACUUCUACUUCAUAUGAUCCAACAGAUCAACAGCAAUCUGAAGACUCUGAAUAACAUGCAGAAUCUACCCCAAGUGCCACACUGCCCCCAAUAAUGGAAUUAAAUUAGGAAAAAACAAUAUCAUCUCCUCCAACCUGUGUUCUCAACUGUGGAUGCUACCUAAUUAUGUUACCAAAAACUGAAGGGCAUGCAGAGCACUCAAAGAAUUUGUCCUUACUUGAAAUAAAAUGACCAGAAACCAAA